AGUGCCUACUUAACUAAUACUCGCAGUGGUGCAGCAGUAGUGAAAGGAGGACCUGCUUUCUCAGUCUACAACAAACAAGUGAAGAAAUAGUUUUAAUGUAAUGGAUGAGAAGUAACCUGAAGGAAUACCUCAAGAGCUGCUACUGGGAUAUCGCUGAAUAUCAUCAGAAAAAGAUGCUCUCAUGAGAAAGAAGCUGCUUUUCUACUUAACGAGCCUCUGCUGGUUUUACUUGGGCGCUGAUAUUUCACCAGUUUUGAUAAGAAACCCUUUGCUAUCGCAGCUUGCCAAUGCUGAAGGUUUUCACCACACCACAUCUGCUCAUGUUGGAGCUGUGAAAACCAGCUGCUGUGACAUGCUGACAGCCGUGACUUCCAUGCGACUCAUCCCAAAACUGGACCGCAUUUCCCAUUUUGAAAGGACUUCAGUUUUUCCCAAGUGAGCAGGACAAUAUUAACAACAGAAAAUGGAGCCCUGAUGUUGUAUCAAUCACACUUCACCUGCAUUUGGGCAGCGAGGGUGGAGCCAUCCGAAUGCCUAACUAAGACCUCAGAGCAGCCAGGACUGUUGUGUGUGGAUUGAUGUUUCUAUGUAGUGUGUGUGCGAGCGCAGUGCAGCCUUGGAUCCAUCGUGGCACCACAGUCCGCCCGGGCGCCCUGCCUUCGGGCCGGAGACGCUCCAAACCAGCAACUACUCUCUGGUGUUACUGAUUCAGCUCAGCCUGCUCUCCUUCGACCUGUUUGUCAACUCCUUCAGCGAGCUGCUCAGGGCUGAGCCGGCUGUUCAGCUGGUACUUUUCAUCAUCCAGGACAUUGCCAUCCUGUUUAACAUGAUCAUCAUUCUGUUGAUGCUGUUCAACACGUUUGUGUUCCAGGUCGGCCUGGUCGCCAUCUUGCUGGAGCGGUUUAGAGCUCUGCUAAUACUCUCUGCUCUCUAUUUGACCUUCAGUAUCAUACUCCAUUCCUGGCUCAUGAAUCUGCGUUGGCUAAAUACCAACAGAUUUAUUUGGACAGACGGCCUUCAGGUGCUUUUUGUGUUCCAAAGAACAGCAUCUGUGUUGUACUACUACUUGUACAAGAGGACCUCAGAGUAUCUGGGCGACCCUCGCCUCUACGAGGACUCACCGUGGCUGCGAGAAGUCUACGCUCGGGUCAGACACUGACCCCACUGCAACAGCGCAUGAUGCCACAGAGGCCAGAAUUGGUAUAAAAAUGGCACAAUAAAAAAUGCACAUGUGGAAAGCAAAUAUGUUACAACAAAGUGCACAUUUAAAAUAAAACAAAAAAAAAGGCUACUUCAAAAUAAAAUGCUUUUCCAACCACAACACCAAUUACAUAUUGAGAACACAAAUUUUUCAAUUUAAAAUAAAACAUGCAUUCAGUGCAAAAUAUGCAUUAUGAAUGUAUUUGACAGAAAAUGUAGCCAAUAAAUAUAUAUUCCACACAACAUUCCCUUCCAGCGCAGGAAGGAUUGUGCCAAAAUCUGGUAAGACGUUUUCAAACACCAGAACGUCUCAUCAGGCUUGUUUUGCUGUUCAGAUUGAAAAAAUGAAAAAUGUGAUCAUGAUUUUAAAAAAUAUAUAUAUAUAUUAUGUUGAUACCAGUCACCACAUGCCCUUUUUCUUUUCUUUUGUUAAUGCUGUACAUUUUUUAAGACCACGUUGCAGUUGUUUUAUAUACAUUUGAGACUAUUUAAAUUUCUUUGAAUCUGUGUGUCAUGUCAAUAAUGAACUUUAUUAUGGCUUGG